CGGUCAACCAAACUUGCCAGCCUAUUCUUAGUAUUACUAGAUCAACCAUAAGUUUACAACCACUUUGAGAAGAAGAAACUUGUAUAAUGAAACCUUUUAUUGUAUUCCUUGUACUCAGCAGUGCAGUAGCAACUAAUAAAUUAAUUUGGCGGGAAAAUGUGGCCGAACCACGUGAAGAGGAAACCAUUUCUAAUUUGGAAGAUUUUUUCUCUUCCGGUGUGACGGGAGAUGAGAUCUCUCACCAGAGGAAUUUUUACAAUCCUAUUCCGGAUCCUUUCCUUCUACAAAAAGAAAGAGAUUUAGGUUUGGAUGUGCUGACUGCUCUGCUGGGCGGAGGUCUCUCGUUUACACGAUGCGAGCGUUCAUGUCUCCGCGGUGUGUGUCUUCUCCGCUCCGGUCAAUACAGAUGUGUUCGAAGAUCAAGUUUGGGAGGGGAUAGACCUGAAAGUUUAAGGUUUUGUGAAGAGAACUGUCCAAGAAGAAAUGGUUUUUGUCAAAGAUCAGGCCAAGGAUACAGGUGUGUUCCUGUGACUGUUCUUCCUGAAAGCUUACGUUUCUGUCAACAGAAUUGCCCAAGACGGAAUGGAAUCUGCCGAAGGGCUGGGAACGGAUACAGAUGCCAACCAAGAGACUAAAAAAUCGAAAAUCAGCAUAAUCUGACAUAAUUUACUGAAUCAGCUGACUUAUUCUGUUCUUGCAUAAAUUAUAAAAUCAGCUGACUUAUUCUGAUUUUGCAGAAAUCAUAAAAUCAGCUGACUUAUUCUGAUUUUGCAGAAAUUAUAAAAUCAGCUGACUUAUUCUGAUUUUGCAUAAAUUAUAAAAUCAGCUGACUUAUUCUGAUCUUGCAUAAAUUAUAAAAUCAGCUGACUUAUUCUGAUCUUGCAUAAAUUAUAAAAUCAGCUGACUUAUUCUGAUCUUGCAUAAAUUAUUAAAUCAGCUGACUUAUUCUGAUCUUGCAUAAAUUAUGAAAUCAGCUGACUUAUUCUGAUCUUACAUAAAUUAUGAAAUCAGCUGACUUCUUCUGAUCUUGCAUAAAUUUUAAAUUCAGCUGACUUAUUCUUAUCUUCCAUAAAUCCGAAAAUCAGCUUACUUAUUCUGAUUUGGCAUAAAUUUAAAAAACAUUAUUUACACUGUAUAGGAUAUAUUAUUUGCAAUGAAUGUAGUAAGAAUUGUAUAUUUGAAUGAUGUUCAAUGAUAUGAAAAUAAAUGUAUAA